AUGGCGAGCCUGCGGUUCAGCGCCGCGGGGACGGGCGAUGACGGCAGCGCGGAGCAGAAAAGCGGGGCUCCCGGGCGGCGGCACUGGCUUCACGUCCUCUUCUUCCUUCUCUGCUCCCUCUCCUUCCUCUCCUCCAGGCGCAGCGGCGGCGGCUUGAGCAAGCAGGGUAAAAACCCCAAUCGGGUUCAGACAGGGGAGGCGGCGGCCAGGGGAUUUGUGGGCGCGGCGCGGGCUAGGGUUCACGGGGAGGCGCGCGCGAACGGCGGAGAUCCUCGGCGUCCGUACCCAGGGGCACGCGGCGCGCAUCCGCGGGGUCGCGCAGGGCGGUGGCGGGGCAGCGGCGUCGCUGUCGCUGUCGCUGCUCGCGUGCGGCGCGCCUGCACGAGCCGCGGGGAGAAGAGGAAAGAGGCACAGGGCAGCGGGCUGGGUUGGCCGAUCGAGCUGGGCCUUGCGGCCAGGUUAGCAGGACAAAGGCCUGGUUAG